AAGUUGGUCUUAGUGUUUUAUUGUGUUGUUUUUUAUGUUUUUUAUGUAUAAUUGUACACCACUUUGGUCAACUUUUGUUGUUUUUAAAUGCGCUUUAUAAAUAAGAUUGGAUUGGAUUUUUAUGUGUGUUGUUGGUUGAUAUUCAAGACCCUGAUUCCUCAUUUUUGAGAAAGCUUUUAUUAGAUGCUUUUUUGUGCGUUAGCUUUCAGAUGAGAGGUUGAGAUGGCAAACACAAGGAGGUGCAGCACUUUCUGGGAAACUGAACUCCCCUCCGUCCAAAUGACAAAACCUGUUCGUGAACCGAAACCUAUAUAAAACCUAUAGGCUAUAAAUUAUUUUGUAUGUAGGCAGGUGCCAUUAGAAUAACACCAGACACAAAGCUAUAGUCAGGGAUCUUUAUUUCUUGACUAUACUCUCACAAUGCGAGAGUAAUAUUAAUUUUUUUGAAAGUACCCUUUUCCAGUGAUGGCUUCUCAGAUGGUUCUGUGUGACAAACCUAACCCCCGAACCCUUGUGAUUGGAUCACCCAAGACGCAUGUUAAUGGCGCCAUGUAACCUCUGUGUUGAGCCUUUACAGAGAUUAUCAGACCCCUGUCCCGUGAGUUGCUGUGAGGAGAGCCUAGCCUAUAGCAGGGAGUCACACCUUCACUAUCACAGGAACUCAACUUCUUCAAGAAUCUCAGCUCUCUCUCUCCCUUUUUGGUCUCAGCCUUUGUUAAUCCCCCCUCGCCUUUUGGUCACCUCGGACAACAUGUGUAUAAAAUCCCUCUUCUUAGGAUUCAGAGCAGAAAGGUUUUGAGACUGAUAAGACUUACUCUUUGUUCAACAAACACACGAGUGUUGCUGUACCUUGCCGUACCAAUACAAGGUGUGAGAGAUGACCAUCACUGUUGUCAAAGACAAGGGAGUGACUGUGGUCACCGUUCCGACUGACAGCGAGAGCAUGUCACCACUGCUGUGUCAAAUCCUCAAGACUCUUUGCUACAGUCCGGUGUGCUGCUCAGUAUACAAGGUGCUGAUGCAGACCAAUGUGACUGCGGCUCUAGGGACUAUACAGAUCAUGGUGGGCCUGCUCAACAUCGGACUUGGGCCAGGACGACCAUACAUAAAGCCUGGCAAUUUUGCUGUUUACUGGCUGGGUGGCGUGUUCAUCGUAGCUGGAAUCAUGUCCAUUCUUGCCGGACGGUUCCGCUCUCUUCUCUUGGUGGGCUUUGCUGUGUUAGUGAACAUAGUCGGAUCUAUCUUCGCCAUUAUUGGUAUUGUGCAGACUGCCGUAGACCUGGCAGGAGCCCCCGCCACCAGGAUGUGUGACGGGCCCAUUGCGGAACUUCAGGAUGACUGCCAAUAUGUGGCAUACUACUUACAGCGUUUGUUGACAACCGUGGACAUCACUAUGAUCAUCAUGGCUGUUCUCCAGCUGUGUGUCUGCAUCAGCUUUACCGCUCUGGGCAUCAAGGCUGUGGUCAACAGGAAGAAGGAAGAGGGUGGCAAAUAUGUGGAAUAUCAGCAGCCACAGUUGAAGGAAGUCCUCCUGACCAGUCCUGGUGCUUAAAAUCAACACAUGCAAGCACGACUAUGAAUUAUUGUAAUACUUGUGAUUUUACACUUAAUCAAAUAAUCAAAACUGCUUCAUAACAAAGGGACACUUUUUCCAGUCUGUGUUUCAUUUUUUCUAUCAGCUCGUGAAUUAUUUUUCAAAGUAAACUUGUGCAAAGAGACACCUCGGUUGUAUCGGGGAGGCUAGAUAUCUCAAAAUCUCAGCAGAUAAAACUAUAAAACUAUGUGUGCAUACUAGAUGCCACAAGAGGUGGCUGAAAGAGUAGGUUCGUAGUGUAUUGACCAUUUAAAGCAACAGCGUUAGUACCAGAUCUUUUACAGUAGUUCAAGAAAGAAGUGAUCCAUGUAUAGUCUUAAGCCACACUUUCCACAUCCUCAAAAUACACUGAGCAGCAGUCAUGACAUUGUGUGGCUCAAGAAUCACUAUGGCAUGGUGGACUCAACACUGUCCGUCCUCUCCAG